AGCAGGUGGGGGAGGGGCGGCGGCGCCGUUGCCAUGGUGACAACAAUGGCUGCCAACCCCCUCCCAGCGCUGCGGGGGCGCCUGAUAGGGGGUGUCACCGUGUCACACACACCUGGCGGGGGUGUCACCGUGUCACACACACGGAGUGUCACACACACCCGGCAUCGUCACCAUGUCACCACGCCUGAUGAGAGUGUUACCCUCCUGUGGUGUCACACAGUGUCACCUCCACGGUGUCACCAUCACGGUGUCACCCCCUCGGCAAUGUCACACCUGUCACUGUGUCACCCUCACAGUGUCACCCUCAUGGUGGCAGUGUCACAGGUCCCUGCUGUGUCACACCUGUCACUGUGUCACACAUACAGUGUGUCACCUGGUGUCACCUCUGCUGUGUCACCGUGACUGUGACAGUGUCACACACACAGUGUCACACACACAGUGUCACACAUUGUCCCCGCAGGUUCCAGGACGAUGGUGGCUUUGUGCUGUACCCGCAGAUCGGUGACCGCCUGUACCUGGUGUGCCCGGGGGGGGCAGUGUCACACACACAGUGUCACACACAGACAGUAUCACACAUACACGAUGUCACACAUUGUCACACACAAUGUCACACAUUGUCACACUGUCCCUGCAGGUUUCUGGAUGCCGGUGGUUACGUCCUGUACCCUCAGAUCGGUGACCGCCUGUACUUGGUGUGCCCGGGGGGGCAGUGUCACACACACAGGAUGUCACACACAGUGUCACAGACAGAAUGUCACACUGUCACAGUGUCACACACAAUGUCACACAUCGUCACACUGUCCCCGCAGGUUCCAGGACGACGGUGGUUACGUGCUGUACCCGCAGAUCGGUGACCGCCUGUACCUGGUGUGCCCGAGGGGCAGUGUCACACACACAGGAUGUCACACGCACACUGUCACAGUGUCACACCCACAGGAUGUCACACAAUGUCACACACAGGAUGUCACACACACAGGAUGUCACACGCACAGUGUCACACACAGGAUAUUGCGCACUGUCACAGUGUCACAGUGUCACACACAGUGUCCCCAUGUCACCUGGUUUGCCCAGGGGGCAGUGUCACACACACAGGAUGUCACACGCACAGUGUCACACGCACAGUGUCACACACAGGAUAUUGCACAGUGUCACAGUGUCACACACAGUGUCCCCAUGUCCCCGCAGGUUCCAGGACGACGGUGGCUACGUGCUGUACCCGCAGAUCGGCCGGGGGGGGCGGGCUACGAGUACUACAAGCUGUACCUGGUGGGGGGGGCGCAGGCGCGGCGCUGCCAGGUGCAGGCGCCGCCCGGCCCCGCCCCCCCCGGCCCCGCCCCCACGCUGCUGCUCACCUGCGACCGCCCCCAGCGCGACGUGCGCUUCACCAUCAAAUUCCAGGAGUUCAGCCCCAACCUCUGGGGACACGAGUUCCGCCGGCAGCACGACUAUUACAUCAUCACCACGUCGGACGGGACCCCCGAGGGGCUGGAGAACGGCCAGGGCGGGGCGUGCCUGACGCGGGCCAUGCGCGUCACCCUGCGCGUGGGACAGCGCCCCGGGGCGGAGCCUCCGCCGACCCGGACACAGCUCCGCUGUUGCCAUGGCAACGGGCCCGGCGCGCCCUGCCGUGACGUCACGGCGGAGCUGGCCAAUCAGAGCGCGGCUCGGCCGUUGUUGCUGAGGGGCGGGCGGGGGUCACGUGACCCCGAGGGGGAGGCCGGGGGUCCUCGUGCAAGGGGUCACGUGAUCCCCCGUCCGCCGCCGCGGUGGCGUGGCCUCGCAGCGGAGUGGGCGUGCCCCUCUGCGGGGCGUGGCGCGCGGUGGGCGUGCCCUCUCCAUAUAUGGGCGUGCCUCGCGCGCGCCCUCCCUCCGUAG